UGACGUCAUGGAUGUCGUUACUUCUUUCUUUCAGAUAAUGCUGGUUUUCUUUCAUUUGUAGAUGUUAGGAGAUUUAUGUCUUUAAACUUGAUUGAAAGUCUUAUGACUAAUGAUAUGAUGUAAUUUUAGCAUUGACUUUAGUGUUUAUCGUUUGAUUUGUAAUAUGAAAUAUAUAAUUUUCUUUAUCAUCAUUCAUAUUGUUGCAUGUUCUCGUGAGGUUGUUGAUGAUCCCUCAUCUAAACAAAUCGAAAAUAAAGUAAACAACCAAGAAGAAUACGAAGAAAAUGCUGGCGAUUUUAAGAGACCAGCUGCAAUUCUUCAGAAGUUUUGGAAACCAGGAAAUGGAUUUUUUCAUGCAUUAAUAGCAUCAUUUUCAGUAAUUAUUGUUUCUGAACUUGGAGAUAAAACAUUUUUUAUUGCAGCUAUCAUGGCAAUGAGAUAUUCGAGAGUUACUGUUUUGCUUGGUGCAAUGUCUGCUCUUACCAUAAUGACCAUAUUAUCAGCUUGUCUUGGUUUUGCAAUAACAGUUAUUCCAAGAAUGUAUACCCAUUAUAUAUCUACUGUACUUUUUGUAAUUUUUGGCUUAAAAAUGCUGAAAGAAGGAUAUGAUAUGUCUCCAAAUGAAGGACAAGAAGAAUAUGAAGAAGUUCAAAAAAGUGUUAGUAAGCAAGAAAAUGAGUAUGAGAAUGAUCCAACUGGAAGUGAUAUAGAAACUGGAAUUGUGACUCCUACAAGAAUAAAGACUUUUAAAAGAAAACUAAUGGUAUUUGUAUCAAGAAUUUAUCUUGAAUCCUUUACAAUGACGUUUUUGGCUGAAUGGGGUGACAGAUCUCAGCUUACAACAAUUAUACUUGCAGCAAGAGAGGAUGCCUAUGGAGUUACCCUAGGUGCAAUAAUUGGUCAUUCAAUGUGUACACUAUUAGCUGUUGUUGGAGGUCGAAUAGUUGCUCAGAAAAUAUCUGUGCGAUCAGUUACAUUAAUAGGUGGUAUUGUGUUCCUAAUAUUUGCUGUUUCUGCAUUAUUAAUGGGACCUGGAUCUUGAUUUGUAGAAGAUUAAAUAGAAAGUAAACCUAGUUAUGAAAUUACAUUAGAAGAAUGGCGACAAUAAUAAUAAAAAGGAGGAUUCAUUAUAUUGAAGAACAGUCUUCAGAAUCUUGUUUGUUUCAAAAUAUGAUGAUCUGUAAAAGUAUUUAUUUUGUUUUAUAAAAUUUAUUCUCUUUUAAAAAUGACAAAUAUUUUUAGAUGUUAACUUGAAUAAAUAUAUUAAUUCAGUUAACUAAAUUUUAAAUUCAUUUAAAAUCUUCUGUUGUUAAUCAAAUAUAUUUACUUAUUUUAAAAUUAAGAACAUGUAUGCUUUUAUAAGAUGUUAAUCCUUUGACAUAUUUUAUUCAGACUUUCCUUAAAAAUUUCAUUUUAGUUUUCAUAUUAUUUUUGUUGUUAUUUUGUAAUUUCAUAGCCAAAUUUGUUUUAAU